AUGUCCCAAAUAGCCCUGGAAGACCACCCUGUUGAUCCUUUACAGCCUAAGCGCAUAACCACGGCGCCAGUGCUGCGAAUUAUCCCGCCAUUAAACUUUUGCCCUGUGGAAAAACAGCUAUAUCGGUCUGGCCAACCGCUGGUGAUAAACCAAUCCUUUUUACAGGAGUUGAACUUGAAAACGAUCAUAUGGCUCGCUAGUGAAGAACCAGCAGAGGAGUUUUUGGACUACUGCUCUCGUCAGAAUAUCAAUAUAGAGUUUGUCGGCAUGAUCAACGACUACAAUUACUCCAACAUCAACCCGUGGGACCUGUUGGACGAAAGGACGAUUAAGAACGCCUUGGAGCUCGUGUGUAAUAAAGAGAAUUACCCUCUUUUAGUUUGUUGUGGAAUGGGCCGUCAUAGGACGGGCGCUGUGAUUGGUUGUUUAAGAAGAUUGCAAGGAUGGAACUUGGCUAGUGUUUCGGAGGAAUAUCGUCGUUUUGCGGGUGCUCGUGGCGGAAGGAUCUUGGUGGAGCUUCUCAUAGAGAGUUUUGACGUGCUGACGGUUGAAGUCGAGCCGCUGAAGCUUCCAGAGUACUUGAGGUAG